GGUAAGUGCCAGUCAGUGUGCGAAAGGCAGUGUGUCCGCCAUUUACAGUUGGGAGGAAGAGCUUGGAGCUGAUAUACCCGCUUAAUUACCCAGCUUCACCUCCCCCCUCCUCCGCGGGGGGCUCGGGUAUUCAUUGUAGUUGUCUGUAGAAGAAAAAAGUUGGUGAUUUUUUUUUCCCUUGUUGAAAAAUCGAUUCCAGUGUGAGAGAGCAAGAGAAGAAGCCGGGAUGUUACGUAUGUGGACAGCUCUGCAGUGAGAGCCUCUCCCCGGGCAGCUCGACCUUACCCUGGGGUUUUCUAUUGUUGCUGCUUCCAGGCCUACUCCAUCUGGCAGCCCGGACUUGUGUUGCUUGUUUGAAUUUUGCUGACUUUUUUUAAACUAUAGACAUCGCAUCCAUUUUGAAAGCCUGGAAUAGCAGAAUCUUAUGGCCAUCGACGGAACAGUUGUGGCGCUGUACAUUAUCUGUGUUUAAAAAAAACGACUCAACAUAUUCCCCCAUAACUGUGGAAUUGCUCUGCUGUUGAAGGAACAGACGCUAGCAAUAUCGCUGUGAAACGGAUUGUUGCGUUGAUUGCUUUUCUUUAUGGACGUUUUUAAGUAUCUAAUUUUUGGGAGCUUAUUCGAGAAUAAGGGACUAUUUUUGGCUCAGUUUCCAUCGUUAGAUUUUUUCAUUUUAAAUUUCUCUAUCUCCCUUUUGAGAAAUGAAGAUUGGAUGAAAAGUGUUCGGAGAUUUUAAAUUAAGGAUGGAUGGAUCACAUCAUUUGGUCCACGUUUAUGUCGCUGCAUCGCAAUUGAUUGAGUUGGACAAUAUUGUGUCUCUCUUUAUUUUUUAUAAAGGAACGCUUCUGUUCCAGGGACCCGACCCUUUGCACAAAUAUAGUAUGGAAUUAUUUUGACUCUAUAAAGAAAAUCGAUUUGCAUUUGUCUCUUUUCGUAGUUAGUACUGUUUUUUUUUGCAUUUCAAUCAUUCGCUUGGCUUUCUGUCUUGCGUUGAAAUCUUGUUUAAAGAAACCACUGCAUUUUUUUUGUUUUGGAACCUUUUGGGAAUCGAGGUUUUUGUGGCAAUGUCGGAAAGCGCAGACAAUGUUGGGUCUUUACUGCGCCCCCCUAAAAAUGGUACGAAUUCCAGUUCGGAUACGACAAUAGGGGAACGUUUUGGAGUAAGUUUGAGAAAAAAGGAAGAGUUUAAGGCUCUCAAGAGACGGAGACAUACUAUGGACAAGGACAGCAAAGCAGAGCACCAACGUUUUAUCAGGAGGAGUGUGAUCUGCGAUUCCAACGUUACUGCGUUGGACCAUCUGCCCAGUAAGACCUGCAUUAUUGUUUCUCCACCCGAAUCGGAUAAUGCAGCUACCUUAAUAGGCAGUAUCACCAAUAAUAACGAAGCGCAGGCUCCAGUACAAGCAACGACUGUUGACUCGGUCACAGCUGCAGCUACCAUAGAAAAAUGCGAGAAGUGUACUGAUGGCAGUACGAAAGACGGAAGCACAGUCGCUGGAAUUGGCGAUGAACCGCCGAGAGCCACCGUCCGUUCACCCGAUGUCGAUGUUUGCAAUCAUGCCGGGAGUACAACCAGUAGCAGCAUUAUCAGCAAAGAAAGAAAAAAACAAAAAACUGCCCCAAUUAAAGAGGAAGCCGAGUUGAAAGUCAACGAAGAUGACAGUGUGGAGGAGGCAAGAAAUCUUGAGAGGAAGGCGCAAGAGGAUAAUGAAGAAAUAGAAACUAAGGCUGUGGCAACUUCCCCUGAUGGGAGGUUUUUGAAGUUUGACAUAGAAAUUGGGAGAGGAUCUUUCAAAACUGUCUAUAAAGGUCUAGACACAGAGACGACAGUGGAAGUAGCUUGGUGUGAAUUGCAGGAUCGAAAGUUGUCAAAGUCAGAAAGGCAAAGGUUUAAAGAAGAAGCUGAAAUGUUGAAGGGCCUGCAGCACCCCAACAUAGUCAGAUUUUAUGACUCUUGGGAAUCAACCUUAAAGGGAAAGAAAUGUAUUGUAUUGGUGACAGAAUUGAUGACAUCGGGUACUCUGAAAACUUAUUUGAAGAGGUUUAAGGUAAUGAAAAUCAAAGUGCUUCGAAGCUGGUGUCGUCAAAUCUUGAAGGGUCUUCAUUUUCUUCAUACUCGUACACCACCCAUCAUCCACCGAGAUUUGAAAUGUGACAACAUCUUCAUUACAGGCCCUACUGGAUCAGUUAAAGUUGGGGAUCUUGGCCUUGCUACUCUAAAAAGGGCAUCAUUUGCAAAAAGUGUGAUAGGUACCCCUGAGUUCAUGGCUCCUGAGAUGUACGAAGAAAAAUAUGACGAGUCUGUUGAUGUUUACGCUUUUGGAAUGUGUAUGCUAGAGAUGGCAACUUCAGAAUACCCAUACUCGGAAUGCCAGAAUGCUGCUCAGAUCUAUCGUAGAGUAACCAGUGGGGUAAAACCAGCCAGCUUUGACAAGGUAGCGAUCCCUGAAGUUAAAGAAAUAAUCGAAGGAUGUAUCCGCCAGAAUAAAGAUGAACGGUAUGCAAUUAAGGACCUUUUGAGCCAUGCCUUCUUUCAGGAAGAUACUGGUGUUCGUGUAGAGUUGGCAGAAGAAGAUGAUGGAGAAAAGCUUGCAAUUAAGCUUUGGCUACGGAUUGAAGACAUAAAGAAACUUAAAGGAAAGUAUAAGGAUAAUGAAGCCAUAGAAUUCUCAUUUGACUUGGAAAGAGAUGUUCCGGAGGAUGUGGCUCAGGAAAUGGUGGAAUCUGGAUUUGUAUCCGAAGGAGAUCACAAAACUAUGGCAAAAGCCAUUAAAGAUCGUGUGUCUCUGAUCAAACGGAAGCGAGAGCAACGACAGUUGGUUAGAGAAAAACAAGAGAAGCUGGAGGAGCAGCAGAAGAAGCAUGAUCAGCUGCAGCAGCAGAAAGCUCAGCAAGGAGCCAGUAUCUCUCAAACUGGAGGAGGGCAUCUUUCCCAGUUGCCUACCACAGCAGUUCCUUCUGCCCUUCCUGCCACCCUACCAACUCAAGUAGAACCUGAAGAGCCUGAAGCAGAUCAACAUCGAUUGCAGUAUCAGCCAGCUGGAAACUCUGUUACAUCUGAUGGCACAUUUGACAGUGGCCAGAGUUCAUCUGGGUUUUCGGAUUCUUACGGCAGUCAAACUGUUUCCUAUGGUUCUGCUCAAGAACAGCAUAUUUCAUCAAGCCAGGCCCCUCCAAAUGCCCAGACAACAUCACAGCAACUUGGUGGCCAUCAGCAUCCUGCAGGGCAGCCCCCAUCUCUAGUGCAUCCUUGUGGGGGAGUUCCAUCACAACCAGAGACCGUUUCAUAUCCAUCUAUUCCUGAAAGACCAUUUUCUUUUUCUCCACCACCAAGUUUUUCUCUGAAAGUUGAUAAUUCUCAACGCCGCAAAAGUACUUCCAUCCUGGAAGCUCACACUCACCAUUUUCAGCCGAUACUGAGGACCAUAGGCCAGAAUAUUCUUUCUGCUGGUGAUUUUACAAAUUGGAAUGCUGAAAACUCAACCAUUAAGGGCUUGGUUACUCAUAGAUCUGCCAGUGAACCAAUUCACAUUGAAGGUCAGGUGCAACCAGAACAAAUUCAUGCUUUUGUUGAAAACAAGUCAAGAUUGGGUCAGUUUGAGGAAAUGCCACUUUUGUAUCAUCCAACCAUGUAUCCAUGUUGUGUGCAGUUACAGCAAACUUUCCAGGAUCCAUAUGAGGCUGUAAUUUACAAUGACCUUCCAUCUUGUACACUUCCUUUGCAUCGAAUUCCAACAGAAGUAAACGUACAGCAGCAACAGAUUUAUUCCCAGCCCUUGAGUUGUGAGGAAUCCCUGAGUGGUCAAAAUUUUUUGCCCUGCCCAGUACAAAACCUGAUGGGUCAAAUGCCACAAAUGGUGCAGAUGGCUUCUCAUACAGUACCAGCUCAAGUUUCAAACUUAGCUUCUCAUCUUCAGCUGUCACAGGACAUGAUGCAAAAGCAUGGACAACAUUGGAAAAUUGGAGAGCCACUCGCAGUAUUUCCACUGACAAGUAAAGUGCUUCUACCCAUGAAGGAAGAUAAAGACGCUCAAAGUGAACCUGCGCUGACCAGUGUUUUCACAAGAAAUACUGUUGAAACUAUGAAUACAAUGCUAACCAUUCAGCAUUUGACUGCCCCACACUCUGCACCACCGAUUCUUUCACAGGCAAAUGAGGGCAGAACUGGGUCGAUCUUUGAGUUUCAAGUUCCCCCAAUACAGGUGGAAAGUAAUGGCAGCCACGUUCCUGUUCCACCAUUAACUCACAGAAUUUAUAGAAAUCGGCGGGCUUCAAUGGAUCUAAGCUUAGAGGACACUCAAGGGACUGGAACGUACAGCAGGCUUCAGCCAGUGACUGAAGAACAGGUGGUUUAUUUUAGUUCUGAUACUGUGGUACUGCCAGGCGACUUCCAGCGGAGCAAGCAGCCAAUGUCACAAGAACUUCCUCAGAACCUUAGUCCACAGUGUUCAAGUGAUUCUGGUCAGUCAACUUCCUCUGAGACCAGAGAGUUCCAGUCACCACCACCUUUGGGUUUCCUGGCUCCGUGCCCUGGUUUAUCAUUGUAUUAUGAGCAGCAACAGGUUUUGCCAAAGCUUGGCAUACAUUAUGAAACAUUGCAAGGUGUGCCUGUAUCACUAGCUGCACAACCACCCACGUUAAUGCCGACCAACACUGAGCCCUUUCCGGCAACUACAGGGACAGCUGGCUUGUAUCUCCAAGUCAUGGAAGGAUCCUGGCCCCAUCUUGUUUCAUCCCAGCAGAACUUGCCACUGGAUCACAGUUCUGCAGAUGGGCAGAGUCUACCUUUGCAGGUCCAAAUGCAGAGUCAGCCGCCUCCGACCAGUCUUCCUCUGACUGUGACGUCUCAGCAGGCAUCCCCACAACCUCCACCGGGGUCCAUACAGCAAUCAAACAAGUUUGGCAGUUACUACACCCCAACGUAUCUUCCACAGUCAGUACAGCAGCAGCCUGUGCAGUAUUCACUUCCACAGAUGGUACCCAGUGGCUCAGUUCCAAGUCAAGUAGUUGCUCAACCCCUGGCCCUGCCUAUAAGUCAGAACCAAAUACAUGCUGCUCAACAGGGUCCUACUUCAACACAGAAUUACCCCACCCAGUUGGCGGGUGUUGCGCCCAGUCCUGUAAAGUCUUCUGGGGGUGUCCAGUCCACUGUAGUCUCACCACCACUUCCAAUUUCUACAGAUAUUGCACCUCAGCCUGUCACACAAGCAUCGUAUCAUGUUGGGCUUGCUGCAGGUGUGGCUCAAUCCUAUAUUGAAUCUACAGCAACUGGACAAACGAGAGUACUCCAGCCUGGUGCCUCCACUGUUCAGCAGAACCAGAUAGGACAAUUACAGACACAGGCAUCCCAAGAGGUGAUCCAGGCUCCUCCGCAGCCAUUGCCUGCAGAACAGUUACAAUUAUGCUCAUCAGUGGACAGUGCUCACUCAGAUGUUGCUUCUGGGAUGAGUGAUGGAAAUGAAGGCCUUCCAGCAAGUGGGAGACAUGAAGGGAGAUCAGCGAAGCGGCAUUAUCGUAAAUCUGUGAGGAGUCGUUCACGGCAUGAAAAAUCAUCCAGACCAAAGCUACGAAUUCUUAAUGUUUCAAACAAAGGAGACCGGGUUGUGGAAUGCCAAUUGGAAACACACAAUCGAAAAAUGGUUACUUUUAAAUUUGAUUUGGAUGGUGACAAUCCUAUAGAGAUAGCAGUUAUUAUGGUUCAGAACGAGUUUAUCCUGGAGACUGAGAGGGAAUCAUUUAUUGACCAAGUAAGGGAAAUUAUUGAGAAGGCUGAUGAAAUGCUGAGUGAAGAUCCAAGUGGCGAGCCCGAAGGUGAUCAAGGAUUGGAGACUGUAAAAGCCCAGGUAGCUGCUUGCUUUAAUCAAGCACAGAAAGCAGAGGGCAAAUACAAACAAGAAGAACCCCUAAUAUCAGCACCCAUUCAGUUAGGUACACAGGCAGGCUCUGCAACGCAGGUUGUCCAUUCUGCUGGAAGACGGUUUAUUGUGAGUCCUGUCCCUGAGAGCCGAUUACGAGAACCGACUUUCAGCGUGGGUGUCACUUCAAUUAAAGAAAUCCCAACAGUUUCCCAUAGUCACAAUCUAAACCUUUCACACUCAGCUUCCUCAGUGAGUUUGCAGCAAGCUUUUUCAGAUUUAAAGCACAAACCAUUUCAAGAAGGUCCUAAUACUGCUCCACCAGUCUUCAAUCAAACGAUGGCACCGUUUACCAUGGUACAUCCAGAAAUGACCAGUUUUGGACAAGGAAUUCAUGUACAAACAGUGGUGUCAUCCUCCGCACCAGCUAGUCUCAUAACAGCUAGUUCUGUAUCUCAAGCCAUGAUGCAGAAUAUUCAGUCUCAACCUGCUGAGCUGUUAUGUAGCGAAUCCGCGGCCGGUGUGAUUGGCCCUAGUUCUAUAUUGCCGCCUCCGACCUCACAGGCAGCUCAGCAGUCUGUUAGUGGCCCUGCUGCCAAUGUUAGCGUUCCAAAUUGCGUGACUGCACCUUGGACCUCCCAGCCAAGUCAGCAACUAAUUACUGGCGCUGUCACAAGUGUUUCAGUUGCAAGCUCGAUAUCUCCACCAUUAACAUCGCAUGUGGUUCAAGGUUUGAUUGAAGGAGCUGCAAUUGGUAUGGGACCUUCAAAUUCUGUUUCCCCAUCUUCCACUGAAGUUGUGAUAUUGCAAGCCCCUCAACAGCAUAAUGGGGGAACUGUGGUCAGCCUGGCAGAAUCAUCAGCUGCACCGAGCUUAUUUCAGGGCCCGAAAGAGAAUUUGUACAGUGUAACCCAAGCAGAAAUCCAGCCGAUGGGUGGUAAUAGUAUGACGCUGGCAGUUUCCACACCGCCACCAUUAUUACAACCUGUUUGUGGCACUCAGACUCCUGUGGUUCAAACAAUUACUGCACAAAAUGCCACCCUACCUCAGACAGUGGGUAUUUCUGUGCCCCUGGUAACCCAGGUCUCUGUACCUGGCACAGGACCUGCGCAGCUUGUUUGCAGUAUUCCUCCUGUUCAACAAACACUGAUUCACAGUCGGCCUCAAACGGCUUUUCUUCCAAAUCAACCCCAUGUUCAUUGCUCUGAAGUGGACAUAGAUUUGAACACCAAAGGAACUGGCAUUGAUGAUAUCAAGACCUUGGAUGAAAAGCUUCGAUCGUUGUUCAGUGAACAUAGUGCUGCAGGCUGUGCUCAUAUUUCAGCAUCUUCAGAGAUGGGUUUGGUUGCAGAAUCUACCACAGUUGACAGUUUGCCCAUUUCAGGAAAAACAUCUGCUGUCCCAGGGACUUCAACGGUUACUGUCGCAUCUUACUCGGUAACUGCCACAGGGUCUGUUGUACCUCCUUCCAGUCUACCUCUUGGCCCGACAGGACUUUCUUUAACUGUCCAACAACCUUUGACUCCUGCCGGUUAUACAGUAUCCAUGACCAAUGUCGUUCCAACUGCAGGACGGCCAGGCACCCCACCAUCCAAACCACCACUUGGCAGAUUACCAGUGCAACAGCUAAGCACGGAAGGUCUUGAUCAACAAUUAAAACAGGCUCUCACUCCACCCACUGAGCAGUUGCCACCUUUUCCAGGACCUUCACUAACCCAGUCACAACAACCGUUGGACACUUUGGAUGCCCAAUUGAGACGAGCCCUGAGUCCAGAAACUGUGACAAAUGUACCAGUUCCUAUCACGUCUGUGCAGGGUGUGGUUCCAGUGAAUGGAUCGCUUGCGCUUCCUGGACAGAGCUAUACAACAACUGGCCUGCCUGGUGAAGGUCAUGUUCCACAGCUAGCUGACACUAUUAUGGCUACCUCAGCAGACAAUUCUGGCUAUCCUAUGAUAGUGUCACGGUCACAUGAGGAAAGUGUCAUAGAGUCAAACACAACUGUAAUUACUGGUGUUGGAAGUGGAGUUGUUAAAAUGGGACGUUUUCAGGUUUCUGUUGCAACUGAUGAUGUUUUGUAUCAAGAAGGAAAGGAUAAACGGGAAGAGAGUAAACAUAUCUCAGAUGAGUCUUCCUUUUCUGGAAGCAGCCCUGAAAGUACAGUGGUAAAACCUUCUGAACAUGACAGUCAUGAAGAUGUGGUGGAUAGUGCAUCAGUAACUCAAAGCAAAAAUGGUAAACCUCCAUCAUACCAAGAAGAGGAGCCAGUCCAGCAGGCAAAAAUAGGACGAUUCCAGGUCACAACAAGGCGAGACACUGUUGGCCGUUUUUCAGUGGCAAGGACGCAAGAUGAAGUUACUUAUGAAGCCGGCAAGGGAAGCUCUCCUUGUGUUCCUACGAGUACUGCUUCACUAACAGUAAUUUCAUCUGUACCAGUGGAUCUCUUUAGAGCCUCAGAUCAAAUUUUACCACCAAAAGAAUCAAUUAGUUCAGAACAAUAUCUGCAUGUGAAUGGACCAGUUCUGCUGGAGACUGGACAGCAACCCUAUUCAAAGGAAUUGGAUCAAACGCAGGCUGAUAGUGCGGGGAGUUCAGUUUCCCCUCAAUCACCAGAAUCCAAGGGUACCACCAUUGUACAAAGCCUUACUAACUCAUUUAAUUCCUCCUACAUGAGCAGUGAUAAUGAUUCAGAAAUCGAAGAUGAAGAUAUGAGAAAAGAGCUACACAGAUUAAGGGACAAACAUUUGAAAGAGAUUCAGGAGCUGCAGUCACGGCAGAAGCUGGAGAUCGAGGAACUUUAUAUCAAACUGGGUAAGGCACCACCUGCUGUAAUAAUUCCACCUGCAGCACCCCUGUCUGGACGUCGUAGACGACCCACUAAAGGGAAAAGUAGCAAAUCUAGUCGGAGCAGUUCCCAAGGACAAAAGAGUCCUUUACCUUCUGGGUCCUUAACUGUUCAGAGUACUGCUUCAGUUUUAACAACGCAGCUUUUGCCACCCUCAAGUACUCGAGAGUUAACAGUUUCUGGGCAAGCUCAGUUGCUGAAACCUUCACCAUCCAGUGAAAAUUUGUACUCUGCUUACACUAGUGAAGGUGUGAUUUCUGGACAAAGUGUUUCUGGUACUGGACAAGGGACAACGAGCACAAAUGCAGUAAGUGGAGUUGGGCCAAUAGCUCAGCAACAACAGCCAGCAAUAACGAGUAGAAAAGGCACCUUUACAGAUGAUUUGCAUAAGUUAGUGGACAACUGGGCUCGAGAUGCUAUGAAUCUCUCACAGAACAAGCGAGGCAUGAAGCAACAGGGUCAACCAGGCCAGCAUUACUCUGAAACAAUGCCAAGGAAGUAUUCAGCACCAGGUCAACUUUGUAUCUCCAUGACAAACUCUGUAGGGGGACCUUCUAUUUCUGCUGCCUCAGUUGGCUCUUUGGGCCCUUUCAGCAAGACUCCUAUCUGCCAGUAUGGUUAUCCUGGAACGCCUUAUGGUGCCCAGUGGACUGGAGCACCUCCUCAGCAGCAACCAGGCAUUGUACCACCAACACCAGGCCUCCAGUUUCAAGCAGUUGGCACCACUUCACUACAGAGCUUUCCCUUGGGCACUUUGCAGAAAUCUGUCAGCAAUCCUCCUGGAUCCAAUCUUAGGACAACGUAGAUGUACAGUUCUAGUUCUUGAUAAUGGAGAAAAAUAGACUGAGUGGAAUUCAAGGUUUAAUGGCCUCUGCUGAUGUUACUGGGGAUAGGUCAUAGAGCUUUAAAAUAUACAAAUGACUGACACUGCUUUUAUAUACACAGCAUCAUUCGAGAGCUAUUUUACUAGUUCUGUUUCAAACAGCGUUCUGUGUGGACAUAUAUUUACCCAUCAGUUUUUGAUGUUCAAACACUGUGAUUAUAUAAAUGUUGUUGGACAACAGUAGUUAAAAGUGGAUUUAGAGGGUUUAAAGUUUCAAAAAAACAAAAAAAACUAAAGCUAGCUAUAAUCCAUACUUAUCAGAGACACUUUAAUUCCUUUGUUACUUCAUUGUAUUAGGUAAAUAAAUGUGAAUGUAAAAUUGUAUAAAUGUACUUGAAUACCUUUUUUCCCAGUACGCUUGCUGGAUUCAUAGUGCCUUGUAUUGUGCUUCUGACUUGUCUGCAGGAAAGCACUUAAGUGUCCCCACCCGAGAAAAUAAAGCGGAAGAGAGCAAGUGAAAGGUGGAGUUGUGGUAAAGUGGAUAGUUCAUACUUGUUCUUCAACAGAGCUGAUGUCAUUCACAGUAACUGAAAUACAUACAUUCUGUAAAUCUGUACCAGUCUUUUGUCCUUCCCUCUCAAGUAUUAGCCUUUUAAUUACUUAAAAUAUGGAGUCACUUAAGGCCAAGAUAUUAAUUGUUAAAAAUUUUCUCCUAUAGAUUCAGGGUGUCUGUUUUCUAGGAAAUUCAGCAAAUACUGUUGCUUCCAAAAAUGCAUUGGAAUUGUCAAUGUGGUUAAGUUAGAUGAUAUCGAAGUCACUAAGUCUAAAAUAUUAGAUAAGAAUUGUUAUCCCUAUAAAGCUUGCAGGUACAUAUUAAAGGCAACAUCCUCUGUAGGCCAAACAAAUUUAAUUUUCCUUCAUGAAAUACUGAAUCUGUGAAAAUUAGGUUCUGCAAUGUAUCUACCAUUAAUAUUUUUGAAUGUAAUUUACGAUUACGGUUUAUCCACUUUUUUUUACUUCAGUAGCUCUAAUGCAAUUUACUUUGUAAUUGGAAGUGGUCACUAUUAAUAUAACUUAGGAACCAACACAAGAAAUGUUCUAAACCUGGAUGUGUGCGAAUGAAAAAUUAAGUAGCAGAUCUAGUAAGUUACAGGAAGGCCCUUCUGACAUUCUAGUAUGCCAACCUGAUACAUAAGUGGACAAAAGUUCUCAACUUCACUGUCCAUAUUUUACAUCCAGGAGUAACCAUAUUUAGAACAGAUACAUGAAUUGAAAUAAAUACAAAUUUUAAGAUUGCAUUGAUAUAAGAUUUGCAUUUUUCUUUACAGUUCUCACCAUGAAAAAAAAUGCUGAUUUAAAAAAUCUUUGUCAUAAAUUGUUUGCUGGAAGAAUAACUACUAAAAUUAGAUACUGUGCCGCCUUUCCCUCUCCCAAGGAUAUUUUCCUUGUUUCACAUUUCCAUCCAAACUACACAAGUUUAAUUUUCGUUUCACCAGGUAUUUGCAGAAAAGUAAUUGGUUGAGGGAAUACUUUUUGCAGUUUUUAUUAAUUUAGAGGAUAAAAGGACAAAUAUGAUGUAACAUUUGGAUGUGAAGGUUGUUUUUUUUUAAUGUUUCGGUUCUCUGACUUUAUCAAAGAACUGUUAAACCCUGCAUAUAUUGUUACAAGAUGCAGGUCAGCACUUUAUUUUGUUCAGUUGAAGUAAAAUUGAGGAAGGUUGCACCAUUUAUUUAAAAAAAACUUUUCAGUAUCAAUGAAUGGUUAGUUCUGCUGUAACUGUUGCAACAUUCAAGGAACUUAAAAAUUGCGAUUUCAGCAUCUAUUGUAGACUGUUGCUAAUAUGUGAGCCUUAAACAAUAUUGAACUGAGUUGGGAAGCUUAGAAGUUGAAGUUGUAGAAGUAGACAUAUAACAGCAAAUUAUUCUGAAAGCUCUUGUUUGAAAUGUGCAAACUUUUUAAGAAAAGCAUGCAUUCAAAAACGAGUUCCCUUGUACAAAUUACGUGUUAACAAGAGCACACUUCUGUUUUUCACAAGGCUUUGUUUAAAAAGAAUAACUUCAGAAAGAAUUAUUGUGUAAUAUUAUUGAUGGUUGAAAGUGUAAUGGUAUUUUCUGUGUGACCUGCUGGGGAUUUUACUUUUGUUUUAGGCAGAUAGGCAUGAUAAUGAAAAACUUUUAUUUUUCUUUCUGUCUUGAUUCCCUUUUAAUAAAAUUUGAACUGGUACGGGGACCGUUUCAGCACCUGCUUUAACUAUAUCUUCUACCUUAUGCUUCACAAUAUUAUUCUGUUGUGGAUUCCUCCCUUUGAAACAAAGGAAAAAUUGAGGAAGAAAAAGCAAGUACUGCAAUCAGUAUUACUCCUUAGACUGCAAUAAACUGUGAAAAGUCCACACAAAUGCAUUGCAUUUUAUUUGAGUAGAAAGUAGCUUUUUAGGUAUUAGUUGGGGUUCCCUGACUUCAGAAAAUUCUAGAUGUUCUGUGAAAUUUAUGCCAUUUGCAUGGGCUUGAGAAAACUCAAGAAUGCUUAACUUAAGUUUCUCAGUGCUCAUUUUCCUUUUAUUUCUCCAUACACUAUUCCUUCCCUUCUCCAAAAUGUAAGUGGAGGUGGCUGUGAAAUGAUAUGCAAUAAUUAGUGCUGGGAUUUUUGUUGGAGACAUGCUGUUAGUUUAUUUAAUGUUUGUUUUUGGUUCCUGUUUAAGAACAGGCUGGCAGUUACUUCAAUAUAUGUAUGCUAUUCUUGUGUUGGGAUGCAUAAUCUUAUGCAGUUGAUGUAUUCUGCAUUGUGUUGCUCUGUAGUUGAGAAUUAACAUCCUCCAACAUAAAAAGCAAACAGCAUAUGGUCUCAAAUUAUUUUAAACUAGGGUGCAGCACACAGUUCUUCUCUCCUCAUUUCAGGCUUUUUAAUAUCGUGAAAAAGCUGAAUCCAUUUGCUAUUUCCCUCCUGUGGAAAGCAGUUUAAAAAAAUGUACAAAUGUUAUAAAUGCUACUGACUGGUGUUAAAUUAUUUUAUGUGAUACUCUUCAUACCUUCCCCACCUCCCCCAACGCCACUCCCCCGCAAAUUGCAAUCUUGAAAUGACUGACUUUUCUGUUGCUCUGUCCUGGAGAUCUCCUUUCAUUAUUUAACAUUAUACACUGUAAAGAACUGUGGGGAUCAUUUGCAACAUGAAUUGUAUGUUUGCACUAAAUAAGGGUGUUGAGCUACGUGUAAGAUUGCGCUUUGCGCUGAAAUUUGUUACUUUCUUUGUAGAUUAUUAACUGAAAUCAUUCAAAUAAAAAUAAUUAAAAUUGCAA